AUGCGCGCAACGAGUACCGGUUGGGUCAUGUGCAUGCUAGGGCUCGGGCCUGCCCUCACAGGCUCGAUGGAGAUCAAGAUGAGAUGCAAAGCAUGCAGCGCCCCUAAUCUCACGCCCACAUCAACCUGGGCCGUAAAGACCUGUGCCGAGUUCCGCGGGGAGCCGCCCGGCGAGGGAAAUUGUGGUAGUAGCAUCAGCGCUCGCCGGUGGGCCUGCCCAAGCUGCCCUGUGGAAGAGUGGAGGCGCCAGACCAACACCCCCUUCUGCACCCAGCACCCAAGCACUCCUCCGUCGUUCUUCGUCAGCCCGCGUCCACACCCAAAUGCGAGGUUCGGUCGGUUAAAUAGAGACCACGCGCGCGAGGACUAG